CUAAAAGCGAAACUAUCUCCCUUGCUUUCGGUGUAUUCAGUUUUCAUUUUUAUUUUUAUUUUUUUGUGUGUGUGUGUGUGUGUGUGUUAUUUUUAUUUUUAUUUUUUCUUAUUUCAUUUUUAUCUGUACUCUCCUUGAACUUGCUUGAAAAACUGAGCUGACAGUGAAGGAAUUAACCUUUAGCUAUGUUUUAAUGUUGAAUUUUUCUUCUUGUUCUUGUUCUUCUUUUUCUUUUUCUUUCUUUCUUUCUGUUUUUAUUCCAAAGCAGCUGGAUGGUAUUGUUGUUCUGGUGCAAAGUUCAUUGCUUUUUUCUCUACUUCUGGGUUCUGAAAUUAUGGAAUACCCAAGUCUUAGAAGUUGAAUUUCUUUCAUUUUCACCGAGUUUUCAGUGCAACCGAACGAAAAUUUUGAUUUUUUUUUUUUUUUUAAACUUUAUACAGACUCUGAAGUUGUUGAUUAGAAACGGUAUGCUCUGUUUAUAGACAUGCAAUAUCUUUAACUAUGCACAUCUUCUUUCUUUGAGCUUGUGGGUUUUUGAAUCUUUGCUGGGUUUUCCAUUUACUGCAUUCUUCCAUCUGAUGGGAAUUUCUGUGAAAUUGGGUUUUUCUCGUAUCUGAACUGAAAAAAAAAAAAAAAAAAAAAAAGAGGCUUCUGAAGAAAAAGAUGGAAGAGGGUAGUGAUUUCCGGCAAUGGGACGAAUUGAUUCCAGAUGCAUUGGGGCUAAUUUUCAGUAAACUUUCUCUCCAAGAAAUACUGACAGUGAUCCCCAGAGUUUGCAAGUCGUGGGGCAAAGCAGUGAUGGGACCCUAUUGCUGGCAAGAGAUAAAUAUUGAGGAAUGGAGUAAUAGGUGCCGGCUUGAUCUCCUCGAUCGAAUGCUUCGAAUGUUGAUUACGAGAAGUUGCGGAUCAAUCCGUAAGCUCUCUGUUUCGGGUCUCCAUGAGGAUGCGCUCUUUUCCUUCAUUGCAGAACAUGCUGGUUCGCUUCAGACAUUGCGGUUGCCAAGAAGCGAGAUCAGCGAUUCAAUAGUUGAGCAGGUUGCUGGAAAAUUUUCCUCCAUCACUUUCCUUGAUGUCAGCUACUGCAGUAAACUUAGUUCUCAUGGUUUAGAGGCCAUAGGGAAGAAUUGCAAAUGGCUUAGUGGGCUAUGCCGGAAUAUGCAUCCAUUGGAUACAGCAGGUAAGCCUUUGCGUGACGACGAGGCUCAUGCAAUCGCUACCACAAUGCCUAAACUCAAGCACCUUGAGAUGGCUUACCAUCUUAUCACCACAGAGAGUAUUCUUCGGAUACUCUCUGGUUGUCCCCAGCUUGAAUUUUUGGAUUUGAGAGGGUGUUGGAGUGUAGCACUUGAAGACAGGUUUCUCGAGGAUAAGUACCCCAAACUGAAAGUUUUAGGCCCCCUUGUUGUUGACUACUAUGAGAGGAAUGACUGGGAUGAUUCCUCAGAUUUGUCCGAUGCAUCUUCUGAUUACUUGGCUUGGCAAUUUGUCGCGGGUGAAAUGGAAGGCUACUCUGAUGAUGAGAGUUAUGCUGGGAUGUGGGACUACGAGGGAAGACUGGAGGAGCUUGAGCUGAGGUUCUAUGAAGGUAUAGACGAUGAUGCAGGCGAUUAUGGUUGGCCUCCAUCUCCAUAAGAAAGUUAUGUUUCUCUCUUUGUCAAGCUGUUUGGGUAUUUUGUUUUUUUUUCGUUUUGUUUUUUUUUUUUUUUUUUUUUUUGGUUUUUUUUAAUUUCGUGUAUGUAGCUGCUGAUGCUUCUGCUUUAGAACUUCUAUAUGUUCUAUGGAUGUAAAUGUUUUCAUGGAGUGGAAGUUUGAUAUGUUGUUUCCAACUUCUAUUAGUAAUACAUAUUCAUUUUCUCA